AUGAAUAACAAUAAUAACCAUACACAAUACGUCGAAAAUAAAAGAGUAGUUGUCAGUAACCAAAAUAAUAAAAGAAGUCCUUUAUCAUCUAAUACUCCAAAGAAGCCUACCUUCCAAGAUGCUGUCGUUGCAAAGUCAGAUGUUGGUGAAUUCCAAGGUGGAUACUUUAUAAUGCCAAGCUCAGAUGAAAAAAUGAAGAGACCAGUUGCUCAAAGUAAAUACUCUCCACAAAGAAAGAAGCUCCCACCUGUAAACCAACUCACUGGCGAUGACAAUAUUGAUAUGAAAACUCUUAAACAACAACAACAACAACAAUAUCUUCAAAUUAAAAAUAGACAUCAACAAUACCACCAACAAUUACAACAACAACAAGAAAACUUUAGUCAACACCAAAAACAAAAUAAUGAUAUACUUUUAACUCCAGCUUCAAUUAAGGAAACCACUUUAAAUAAUGAUCAUCACAACAAUAAUACCACACCAAAGAAACAACACUAUCAAAAUAAAAUUGUUUCACCACAACCAAAACAAUCUUAUGGUAGCUCUCCACCACGAACCAACUCACCAACCAAAAAAACCGUUUCCUCACCACAAUCUAAUUGGGCUGGUGGUGCAUUUAACAAUAGUCCAGCACCAAACUCCCUUCCAAUUCCAAAUUUUGAUGAUGACUUUUUCUCAAAUACCGAAAUUGUGACCCCACAGCCACAACAACCAAUUAAUUUAUUAGAAAUGUCGUCCGAUUUAAGAAAACUUUUAAAUAUAACUCCAACUAUUACUGUUGCAAACUCAUCUUAUUAG